CCCUUAACUUCCUCUUCUUCCCCGGCUGGGCCCUCGGCUGCUCUGCGCUCUCCUCCCCAGUUCGCAGAUUUCCGCCCACCUUCCGCCUCGCCUAGCCGCAGCGCAGCUAGCGGGGUGUUAUUUUCGCCCCCUCUGGUAGGAGUUGCUGAAGGUGAGACUCAUGAGGGAGUACAAGGUAGUGGUGUUAGGGAGCGGAGGGGUUGGCAAAUCUGCCCUUACUGUGCAGUUUGUCACUGGGACUUUCAUUGAGAAAUAUGACCCCACCAUUGAAGAUUUCUACCGCAAAGAGAUCGAAGUGGACUCUUCCCCCUCCGUGCUGGAAAUUUUGGACACCGCAGGAACUGAGCAGUUUGCCUCCAUGAGAGAUCUCUACAUCAAAAACGGCCAAGGUUUCAUCCUGGUUUACAGUCUGGUUAAUCAACAGUCUUUUCAGGAUAUCAAGCCAAUGAGAGAUCAGAUUGUCAGAGUGAAGAGAUACGAAAAAGUCCCACUAAUCCUAGUAGGAAACAAAGUGGAUCUGGAACCAGAAAGAGAGGUUAUGUCUUUGGAAGGCAGAGCUCUGGCUCAAGAAUGGGGCUGUCCUUUCAUGGAGACAUCGGCAAAAAGUAAAUCAAUGGUAGAUGAACUUUUUGCUGAGAUCGUCAGGCAAAUGAACUAUUCAUCCCUGCCCGAGAAGCAAGAUCAGUGUUGUACAACUUGUGUUGUCCAGUAAAAAAGAUAACCUCAAUCAUGGCCAUACCGAGCAGAUAAAACUCAGAGGAAAUUUGCACAGAUGCUGCUUUGGAGAACUUUACAACCUGGGUUGCAGAACUGAGCCUUGGUAAACCUGUCUCUAUUACAGCAUGUUGCCAUACAUCUAAGUGCAUAAGGUCUUUGGCCUUCAAGAUCCAAUGACCUUACACAGGAAUGCUUAUCACGUUUACCAUAUGUUUAAAAUCUGUUCUUUAUCAAUCAGUGCUUUUAUAGCUUUCUAAGUUCUUAUUGAUGGUCAAUAUGCAAGGAUUGAUUUUUAACAUUUUAAUUGAUUUCUUUAAUCAGUUUCUCAACUUGUAUUUAUUAAACACUCAAACUCAGUAUUACCUAUUCAAUGCCUUUUAAAAGAAAGUUAUAAUGGAGAAAAAAUUGAGCCUUAAACAAAUGGUUACUUCUGUAUAUUACCUCGUACCAGUGCUUCAUCCUAUUUGUAAAAUCUAUCUCCUUUAAAUGCUUGGUUAAUAUUUUGAGGCUUUGUUUACGUGUGGCAGUGUUGUAAAAAGAAACUUAAGAUCAUAUUUUACCUGGAUGGAUGGAAUAUCCCUUUCUUCAAUUGCAGUUUGUGAUUUUUGUAAUUAACAUAUUCUGAAAGUUACAAUUGAUACUGGAAAUUGACUACAUUUAGUUGAAGAGUUGAGCAUUCGAUUCCAUUAGGUUUUUCACAUGUGUUGAUCUCAUUUACAGCAUUGAAUUGCGGCAGUAACAUUUUCCUUUCUGUGAAGUUCUAAAUUUAGUUAUGACCUACUUAGUAAUGCUUUUGAAAAGGGAUAUUGUAUCCAUGGUAAAUCAAUUGUAUACCUACACAGAUAGCUCAGCUUUGCCUGGCAGGCUUGUAAUUGACAUCUAGUAGUCUUCUGCACAUGUAAAAUUGAAUUCAAGUAAAAUCAUGUACACUUUCUAGUUCUUAAUAUUUAUCCUUCUGA